AUGAACGGUGACACAAACAACGAUGAGACUUUCAACUUCUUCGGAUUGCCAAGAGAAGUUCGCGAUUCCAUAUACGAUUACCUCACGGUGGAAGCCCCGAUCAAUGUCGCGAUCUGGCUGAUUCAUCUGCCACACGCCUUUGCAUACGUCCUGAAUGCUCCUCGGCCGUCUUUACUGCAAGUCAGCAGCCCUCUGCGCGCCGAAUAUAUGCAGCAGGUCGAAGAGAAAAGCUCCCUGCGAAUCAUUGGACCCACGUCGGACGGGGCGAUAGCUGCUUUGCUCACAAAGGUCAUCCGCCCUUUCUCCGACAUCAUUGAACGGUGCGAGAUCUUCAUGCCCAUUACUUGUCAUGACUGUCGUGAAUGGGACAAUCACGAGAGCAGAGGCCGCGUGGAAGAAGACUCUGAUUCGGACGCUGGGAGUGGUUUUGGUGGAGGACCAAGCUUUUGCGGAGCGUACGACCUGCUCAGCUUCUACACUACACUUCUGGCCACCAAGUUUCUUCCCAACUUUCGAAAGCUCCAUACAAUUCACCUACGCAUUGGAAUGGUCCUUUCAGACGGCCAGCGUGCGACUGAUUUCGACUGGCCACACUCGCCGCACUCCGACGACUUCGUGGCUGAGCUGUGCAAGCUGGUUCUGCUACCUGUGGUUGAAAGUUUGGACCUGGUCAUCUGUCAGGAAUGGGCCGACUACCGAGCGUACUGUCAAAGUGCCGGAAAGAACAUUCCACAGACGUUCUCGCGCUGGAGAAGGGGACGUGGGUGGCUGGGUGAGCGGGAGCUCGAAUCCGAAAGCAAGUUGAAGGCUCAAGAUAGCGUCUUGGACGGGUUUGACGAGCUCGAAUAG